UGCUGAACGCUGCCGGGUCACGUGCUUCGUGACAGCAGCAGCAGCAGCAUCGAGAGACUCAGACCGGUGGAGGAACCGACGGAAGGUGUGACUGCAGCCUGUGGGCGAGCCUCUUCUCCGGCAGGUGGGCACCAUGAACUACGUGGGGCAGCUGGCGGGCCAGGUGCUGGUGACGGUGAAGGAGCUGUACAAGGGGCUCAACCAGGCCACCCUGUCGGGCUGCAUCGAUGUGGUCGUGGUCCGACAGCCUGACGGGACCUUCCAGUGCUCCCCGUUCCACGUCCGCUUUGGAAAACUGGGAGUGCUGCGCUCCAGGGAGAAAGUAAUUGACAUAGAGAUCAAUGGGGAACCCGUAGAGCUGCACAUGAAGCUCGGAGACAAUGGAGAGGCCUUUUUCGUCCAGGAGACAGAGCAGCACAACGAGAUUGUUCCAGCCCACCUGAUGACUUCACCCAUCCCCACAGAGGAGGCUCUGUUCAGGAGCAGAGAGCCCAGAUGUGGCGGCUCUGCGUCGGAGAGCAGUCAGCCUCCGAGUCCAGAAGACCCGUCCUCUGGAAACCUCCAAACCUGCUGCUCCAACACGGCCGGCAAGAAGAAGAGGAGACGCAGAAAAAAGCACAAGGCCGAGCCACGCAAGGAGGAGCAAACCACACCUGCAGGCGGGGAGCCGGAGAUGUGCGAGCUCAGUUCAGACGAGGAGCACAAUGGGCACAAUGGACGGGCUUCUGCACUCCCCAUGAUGAAGGACCAUAAGGACCACAGGCAACAUUCCCCCCUGACAACCCUCGAAUGGGACAGCUACCCGUUCUCUGAUGGAGACUGGUCCCCUUGCACAGUCAGGGAGAUGUCAGAGUCCAUGUCGCCCAAGAGCGACUCUGAGCUGAUGGUGAAGCCUGCAGAGAGCAUGCUCAGGGCCGAGUCCCACAUGCAGUGGACCUGGGGGGAGUUUCCAGAGUCCACCAGGGUCAACAAAAAGGAUAAAUCGGAGCCAAAGAUGUUGACCAUCGCUCCCUCUGAGAACACACAUUUCAGGGUUAUCUUGAGCACAGAAGCCAUGGAGGAGAGGGAAGGAGAGAGAACCACAGAUCUCCUUUGCAGUAUUAUAAAGCCAGAGCCGCGGAUCCUUCAUGAUCGGUGCAUCUGCACCCCGCAGCCCCCCGAAGCUCUGUCGACCGACACAGACAUUACCAAGCACGAGCCAGACCUUUCAGAUUUAAGGUCCAUCGGUUUGACCUCCGAGCCAUGUCCCGCUAACGCUGACCUCGGCCCAAAUACCCCACCCACGACAAGGUGGAAGUCUUCUCCGCCCAGCAGGAGGGACAGCGGAGACUCAGCAGCCGCUGGUCCCGACGCCUCCUCGAAACCCAGCGACUCCCCCGUCAAGAACAGAGGCGUGAGAAAGAGGAGCCAACAUCAGGGGCCUGAAGAUAUUUACCUGGAUGACCUGAAUGCACUCGAACCCGAAGUUGUUGCCCGGUACUUCCCAAAAAGUGAUUCGGACCAGGUUCCUAAACACUGGGUCGAGGUGGGGAGGGGCUCUGGAUCCCAGUCUCCCCAGUCUGUCUCAGACAGCGGCACCGAGUGUCUGUCUGACUCAGCCGGUGACCUCCCUGACGUCAGGCUGUCCCUGUGUGGAGGCGUUGGGGAGAACUCGGAGAUCCCUAAAGAGAAAUUCAUGGAGCACAUCAUCACCUACAAUGAAUUUGCAGAGAAUCCAGCAAUAAUCGACAAUCCCAAUUUGGUGGUUAGAAUUGCAAACAGAUAUUACAACUGGACUCUGGCAGCACCGUUGAUACUUAGCAUGCAGGCUUUCCAGAAGAACCUGCCGAAGGCUACAGAGGAGUCCUGGGUGAAAGAGAAAAUGCCCAAAAGGUCUGGACGCUGGUGGUUCUGGAGGAAGAGCAGUGUAAAGCAGUUAUCGUCAGAGACCAAGUUAGAGACACAGGAGUCUCUGCCCCUUCACGAGGCCCCAGAAACACUGCAGAAAGCAGCAGAGUGGUCCAGUGACGACGAGACUAAAGAGCUGAGCUCUGUGGCACCUGCUCCCACACCUACUGAGCAUGUGCAGCCAGGAGGCCCGGCACCGGCAACGGCUCCGGCACUUCACUCCUACAAGAAGUCCCUCCGCCUGUCGUCUGACCAGAUAGCCAGCCUGAAGCUGAGGGAGGGGCCGAAUGACGUCACCUUCAGUAUCACCACUCAGUACCAGGGGACGUGCCGCUGCGAGGGCACCGUCUACCUGUGGAACUGGGACGACGAGGUCAUAAUCUCUGACAUCGACGGCACCAUCACCAAAUCAGACGUGUUCGGUCAGAUUCUCCCUCAGCUCGGGAAAGACUGGACUCAUCAAGGCAUCGCGAAGCUUUACCACUCUGUGCACGAGAACGGCUACAAGUUCCUGUACUGUUCGGCCCGAGCAAUCGGCAUGGCUGACAUGACCCGAGGAUAUCUGCACUGGGUGAACGACAGAGGGACUCUGCUGCCUCGAGGACCCCUCAUGCUCUCUCCCAGCAGCCUCUUUUCUGCCUUCCACAGAGAGGUCAUAGAAAAAAAGCCUGAGAAGUUCAAGAUCGAAUGCCUCACGGACAUCAAGAACCUGUUCUUCCCAAACUCGCACCCCUUCUACGCCGCCUUCGGGAACAGAGAGAGUGACGUGUUUGCCUACAAGCAAGUGGGCGUGCCCGUGUGCCGGAUAUUCACGGUGAACCCCAGAGGGGAGUUGAUCCUCGAGCAAGCCAAAGGCAACAAGACAUCAUACAGCCGUCUGAGCGAGCUGGUGGAGCACGUCUUCCCUCUGCGAGGCUCACAACACAACGCCACCUUCAGCUGCCCCGAGUUCAGCUCCUUCUGUUACUGGAGACAGCCGAUCGCUGAGGUGCGUUUGGAGUCGCUGCUUUGACUGCUGCUGAUGAACAGUUAAUGACUUGAUGAACAGUUAAUGACUUGAUGAACAGUUAAUGACUUGAACGUAACUCAGAGCAGUACUGACUGGAUGCACUGGCUUAUAACGUCCAUACGGUUUUGUAAUUUUCAAAUUUUGUGUAGCUUUUAAUCUUGGGAAAAUUCCCAUCAUGCAUUAUAGUAUAAACUUAUGUAUUCCGCAUGCAUGAGCUACACAGUUAAGAGGUGUAUUUGAAGGCGCCGUCGGCUUUUUGGCACAAACGAAAGCCAAAGUAUGACGAUGGCCCUUAACAUUUGAGUGUUUUUGUUACAGUGCUUUUGAAAAUACAUUCCCUAAGCACACUAUUAGGCACUGGAGGUGUUAAAAGUGGCCACUGGCUCAAUAUGAAACAGAAAUACUGACUGAAACUAUACUGAGCGGACAUAAAAAAAUACAAUGCGAUAUGUAUUGCAGCAAUGUUUUCAUCCAUUUAAGGCCUUAUUCACUCAAAGCUUAAUUAUGUUGCACGAUUAUCCUAUAAAGAAGAAAAUGUGAAAUUAUUUGGCUCAUAGAUAAUAAUUGCUUAACUGCAGUUUAAAGAAAAAAGCACUUUGUGUACUGUAAAUACUGCUGCUAUUAAGUAUUAAGUAUUUUUCCAAAAUCAGGAUUUAGCUAGACUGACGGUAAAUAUUUGGUAUUAAUUAAUCUUUGCAAGACUUGUUUUGAUUUUGCCAGUGAAAACUACCGUAUAUUAAUGUUAUACGUCUUUUUGUUUUUAUCCUUUUCAUGCUCAAUAACAGCUGUAAGUACAAUGUAAUGCCUUCUUUCUAUGAAAGUGAUGAUUUGUUAGACAGUGAGAGGUGAGCUCAGGAAACUUGAAUUAUUAAGUCAUUUAGAUUUGAAAGUAUGAACUCUGUACACAUUAUAUUUACUAUAUGUAUUGUAUUAAUACUGUUUAAUAAAGUUUGAUGAUGCUUUAA